ACCCUCUCUCCUUCAGGCCCGUCUGUCCCAACCCAGCUGAGGCCAUGCCCUCCCCGGGAGCCAUCCGCAGCCUGCUGCUCCUCAGUGUGCUCUGCAUGGACCUGGCCGUGGCUGGCACCAGCUUCCUGAGCCCUGAACACCAGAAAGUGCCGAAAAAGGAGUCCAAGAAGCCACCAGCCAAACUGAAGCCCCGAGAGCUCCAGGGCUGGCUCCGCCCAGAAGACGGAACCCAGGCAGAAGGGGCAGAGGAUGAGCUGGAAAUUCGGUUUGAUGCCCCCUUUGAUGUUGAAGUCAAGCUGUCAGGGACUCAGGACCAUCAGCAUGACCGGGCCCUGGGGAAGUUUCUUCAGGACAUGUUUUGGGAAGAGGCCAAUGAGAUCCCAGCAGACAAGUGACCCACCAUCCACAAGGCCGGCCCAUGUCUGUGUUUCCCUCCCACCCUUGGAAGCGCUCACUUGGCUUUUAGGUUGCUCCUACAACUCCCAGCUCUGAGUGAUACUAGCUUAGGAGCUGAAUAAAUAUUCAGUUGUGUGCUAAA